CGCUUUGGCCGAGUGGUUAAGGCGUGUGCCUGCUAAGUACAUGGGGUUUCCCCGCGAGAGUUCGAAUCUCUCAGGCGACGCUUGAUCUUUUUCUGUUAUCAUUUUGGUUCCAAAUUUCUAUUUGUUGCACGGUUUGAGUCCUGAAUCCUAGUGGCCGAUCUAUGUUGUUCCAUCUUGCCACUCCUUCUUCUAUUCCCACUGCCAUUUUUUUUUUUCUUUCCAACACAACACAACAAACGCAGUACAUAACAACUUUUGUUACCUUGGCGCCGCCACACCAACAUGCCAGCCUUCGCCAUUUCCAACAACGCUGCCGCCGCCACGUGGAAAAUUCCCCAAUUCAACACUUGUCACUUUCCUCACACCCCAUCCAUCGUUCUCCACCAUUCUCUCCUCAACACCCGCGCUUUCAGGAUCCACUGUGUCCCCCAAGAACCCCUCCCCUCAUUGCAACAAACCAAACACGAUCAACCCUCUUCCAGUGGCGGCGGAGGUCACGGUGACGCUGACGGCGAUGGUGGCGGCGGCGGCGGCGGAGACGGAGACGGAGGUCAAGGAGGAGGAGAUGAAGAGUUCGGACCCUUGUUGAAGUUUGAAGCCGUUAUGAGAGAAUCGAAAGCUCGUGGUGUCAAGUUGCCUCCGGAUAUGGAGGAGGCUGCGAGGAUCACUGGCAUUCGGGAAAUGUUUCUUCUUCGUUACAUGGAGUUGCAGGGUUCGUCUUGGCCAGUGUCUUUUCUGAUCCAGCAUUGUGCUAUGCUGAGAAAUCGAAUGCUAGCUGACCCUUCUUUUCUUUUCAAAGUUGGAACCGAGAUUGUUAUAGACUCUUGUUGUGCAACCCUUGCGGAGGUUCAGAAGAGAGGCAAGAAUUUCUGGGCUGAAUUUGAGUUGUACGCUGCUGAUCUUCUGGUUGGAGUGGUUGUUGACAUUGCUUUAGUGGGUCUAUUAGCACCAUAUGCUCGAAUUGGCAAGCCUUCUUUUUCAAAAGGUUUGCUUGGACAAAUUCAGCAUGCUUGUGCUGCUCUUCCUAGCAGUGUUUUUGAAGCUGAAAGACCAGGAUGUAAAUUCUCUGUGAUGCAGCGCGUAUCUACAUACUUCUACAAGGGUGCAUUGUAUGGAUCAGUUGGCUUUGGAUGUGGUAUUAUUGGUCAAGGAAUUGCAAAUAUGAUCAUGAAUGCCAAAAGGAGCUUUAAGAAAUCUGAACAUGACAUACCUGUGCCUCCUCUUCUGCAAAGUGCUGCUCUUUGGGGAUUCUUUCUUGCUGUGUCAUCCAACACACGUUAUCAAAUAAUCAACGGACUAGAAAGCCUUGUUGAAGCAUCUCCCGUGGCAAAGAGGGUCCCACUUGUUGCAAUGGCAUUCACUGUGGGUGUGAGAUUUGGCAACAACAUCUAUGGUGGCAUGCAGUUCGUAGACUGGGCCAAAUGGAGUGGCGUACAAUGAGUGAAGCUAGGCAAUUUCGCCUUUUUGAAAGUUUUAUUACCCAAAGUUGGCUAGGCAAUUCUUGUCCCUUUCUUUCUCAAAUCAAGGAGUGAAGCUCCCCACCAAUUUUUCAUAUGUAGGGCAUCUUUCUUGUGAUUAAAAUUGGACCAUGCCCCCCUUUACUCUUGAUUCCUCCUGCUUUUUCUUUUCUUCAAUCUUUUUCACAUUUUUAUUUUCAUUGUUAUCCUAUGUUAUACUAUAACUUAGUUGUGUCAUAUAUGUUCAAGGGAAGUUAAGGUUUUUAUAACUAGGCAUGGUAGUAUUAAAGUUAAGCUGACCAUUUUUUUGUUUGGGUACCGAUCUAAGCAUCGGAAAAUAUAAUUUUGCAUUUACUUUA